CUUUUCCAUUACUCGUAGCUUCGGUCGAUCGUUAGAACGUUUCCAAAUAACAAAAUGAAGUGCGUUUUCAUUGCGAUGUUCUGCUUUGCAUCAGCACUCGCCGAUGUAAGUGAGCUGCUGCACCUGGCAGUUCCCCAUCAUCUGGAGGUGGAGCAACAUCACCAUCAGGACCCCGUUCCGGUAGACCAUCAGGCCAGUACGGUGGAGCACCACUCGGAAGCCAUCCACGUGGAAAAACAUGUCACCUAUGAUUUCGGGCUGGCUAACGAAGGCGUCGAAAUUGUGGAAGCCAUCGAGGUGCUUCCGGUGGGUCACGUUGAGGUGAAGGAUGUCCAGCUGACCGAAGAGCACAAAGAUUAUCAGGCACCGUACCACUACGAGAAGCCAAAGGUGCAGCUGGACUACGUCGUUCCGGUUGGAUCGGAACAGGUUGCGGAAGUAGAUGCCAUCAUCGUGAAGGAGCAGCCGAUCAUCAACAACUAUCUGCCACCGUUGACUAACCAGGGCAAUCUGGCCAAGCGACAGGUCAAGUACAUCGUUCGGCGUCGUGUUUAGUUGGGAUAACUUGAAACGGCGAUUGACACGAGUAAACCACUGAUUAAAUGACAUAGCGACAAUUGACGGAAGCGAUUACAGCGAAAAUUUCGUUUUACUUUGUAGGAAAACAUGAAA